AUGUCCAACACUACGGAAGCGCCGGGACAGCUCACCCAAGAGCAAGUGGAUACACUGAGGGAAGGAUGUCACAGUUUGAUCAAGGGGAUCAAUACUUCCUAUGACUAUGUCCCGACCUUGGGUGCUGGAAUUGCAUUCUGUGCUCUCUUCGGCUUGAGUCUUCUUGGCCACUUUGUCCAAUUCACUAGAAAACGUCAAUGGACAUCAUGUGCUUUUGCAGUCGGAGCUCUAGUUGAAACCAUUGGUUGGGCUGGUCGCACGUGGUCAAGCGAAUGUCCAUACAACAACGACGCCUUUUUAAUGCAGAUUACAACCCUCAUCAUCGCCCCGACCUUCAUUACGGCAGGACUAUACGUUAUCCUCGGUGCUCUCAUCAAUCGUCUUGGUCGUCAAUCGUCUGUGCUUGGCCCUAGGAUGUAUGCAAUCGUCUUUUUGACAUGCGACGUCAUCGCUCUCAUCAUACAAGCUGUCGGAGGAGCCAUGGCCUCCACUGAGUCAGACAAGAUUAACGGUAAUACAAAACCGGGAACAAACAUCAUGGUCGCUGGUAUUGUGUUCCAGAUGGCAGCCAUGGUGGUUUUCACUGUCCUAGUAAUUGACUUUCUAAGGAGAGUGUUUCUAAAAAAGUCUUUCUUACAGAUGAGCAAGCAUGGCCUACCUGAUGGUAAUGAUUUGCCUAAGGCUUAUACUUGGCUCUUAGUUGCAGUCUUUGUGUCCUUGACCAUGAUAUUCAUCCGAAGUAUCUACCGAACUGUUGAGCUCCUGCAAGGCUGGAGCGGCUACCUGAUUACCCAUGAAGGAUACUUCAUUGGUUUAGAUGGUGCCAUUAUGGUUGUAGCUAUAGGGAUUUUUAAUUUCCUGGAUCCUGUCUAUCUAUUAUGGGGCCAGGACGAUAGACUGACACCAUCUUUUGAACAGAAUGAGCUAAGGGGGAUGGGAGAUGUUAGUAUUGAGCGCUGGGAUGAUUCUACUAUAGUAACUGACUAA